UGUCAAUUGUGUUGUUAACAGGUUGGCGAUGCUGGGCCCAUUCUUGAUAUGAUGGCUGUGGCACUAGAGAACAUCCCAAGUAAUGCUGUUGUAUCUAAAGCAACAACAUUCGCUGUUUAUCGGACUGCACAACUUAUUUCUUCCAUUCCUAAUGUUUCAUAUAACAAGAAGGCCUUUCCUGAUGCUCUAUUUCACCAGUUACUUUUAGCAAUGUCCCACCCAGACCACGAAACAAGAGUAGGGGCACACCAUGUUUUCUCCAUUGUGCUUAUGCCAUCUCUUAUUUGUCCUUGGUUAGUUCGUAAUGGAGGACCUGCACAAGCUCUCCUGGGGUUUUCGCCAAUUGCUUCAGAGAGGAUAAAGAAUGGAAGUUUCUCGAUUCAGGAUGAAAGCAAUGACAAACCCAAGGAGGAAGUCAGUCAAGUUUUGGAUAAUGGCGUGACUCAAUCUAUAAAAUGUCCAUCUCGUCGUCGAUCAUUUAGUUUCAAGAAUGCUAUGGUCAAUGGAAAAGCAGUAUGUCACAAGUCUUUGAAAGUUGCAACACAAUCUGUCAUUUGGUUUUGCCUUACUGUGAUUAUUGUAAUUUUUCUAAUGAUCUCUUUUGAGUGA